AUCCGGGGCUCGGGGCCGGGGAGGCUUCAGCCGCUGCCGCCGCCGCAGAGGCUCGGACUCCGUGCGCGGCCCCGGCUGGCUGCAUCUCUCCGCCGGCCGCCGCGCAUCCAUCUCCUGCCUCCGCUCGCGACUCCCGCCGCCGCCGCCGCCGCGUUGCCGCCCAGCCGGGAUGGGCGCGGGGCUCUGAGCCUCUCUGCAUCCCCCCACCCCCGAGCUCCGGCUCCAGCCUCUCCCCUCCCCCUUCCCUCCCUCCCCUCCCCCAGCCGGGGGGCCAUGCCCCAGGCGCUGAGCUGGGGGGCGGCCCCGGGGGCCCGGGCGGCGCGGAGACCGGAGGUCCACGUCCAGGUCUGUGUCCCUGUCCCCGAGGGCCCCCCCAGCGCGGCGCUUCAUGGAGCGGCCCGGCCCUGGGUGCCGGGGGCGGGAGGAGGAGGAUCCAGCUGGGCCCUGUGAGCCCCCAGCGCUGGCGGCAAAAUGUUGAUAGUUGAGAAGACCACUGACUACCCAUCGGCCGAGUAUUCCCUGGUGGAGGAUGUGGCCCUGCACUUCACCUGUUUGAUGGACAGGCUGAACCAGCAGCGUCUCUUCCAGCCAGACCUUUGUGACGUGGACCUGGUGCUGGUGCAGCAGCACAGCGUCUUCCCAGCCCAUAAGGGGGUCCUGGCCGCCUACAGCCAGUUCUUCCACUCCCUCUUCACCCAGAACAAGCAGCUGCAGAGGGUCGAGCUGUCCCUGGAGGCCCUGGCCCCUCGGGGUCUCCAGCAGAUCCUCAACUUCAUCUAUACCUCUAAGCUGCUGGUCAACGCGGCCAACGUGCAGGACGUGCUGAACGCCGCCUCCGUGCUCCAGAUGGCGGACAUUGCGGCCUCCUGCCAGGACCUGCUGGACGCCUGCUCCCUGGGGCCACCUGGGCCCGUGGCUAUGGCGCUGGGGCCCGGGACCGGCCCCGGGGGGUGCCCGCCCGGCCCAGCCUCCUACUACUGCGAGAUCAAGCAGGAGGCCGACGCCCCCACGCAGCCCAAGAUCUACGCCCGGGAAGGGCCCGACCCCUUCUCGGUGCGGGUGGAGGACGGCGCGGGGUUGGGCGGCGGCGGCCUGGGGCUGAGCCCGGUGCCCACCAAGCCUUUCUACAAGGAGGAGAAGGAGGAGGCCGGGGGCGCCGAGGGCGCGGCUCCCGGGGCCCUGUGCAAGCUGGAGGGGGCCGAGGACUCCGAGGAGGACCUGGAGGGCCAGGGUGCCUACAGCGGGGAGCAGCAGCAGAUCAUCGUGGAGGUCAACCUCAACAACCAGACGCUCCACGUGUCCAAGGGGCCCGAGGGCAAGCCUGCGGCCACGGACGCUGGGGAGGCCACUGUGGUGCUGGGCCCGGAGGAGAGAGCCAGGGGCGAGGAGGAGGAGGAAGAGGAGGAGGAGGAGGGGGGAGGCGGUGGCAGUGGGGGGGAAGAGGAGGAGGAGGAGGAGGAAGAAGAGGAGGAGGAGGAAGAGGAAGAGGAGGAGGAGGAAGGUGAUGGGGGGGAGGAGGAAGAGGAGGAGGAGGAGGAGCAUAGUGAGGAAGAGGAGGCAGAAACAACAGAGGAGGAGGAGGAGGAGGCAGGCCGGGCCAGGAAGGAGAAGCCCAGGGCUGCUUGUCAGGGCUCCCGCACGGGCCAGGCCACCAGGAGCAGCGUGGCCACCAGGUCGAGGGAGAGCGCCAAGCAGGGGGUGUCAGGGGAGGAGGAGGAGGAGGCGGCUGAGGAGGGGGGCCGGAGGGGCCGCAAGCGGAGGAAGGACGCCCAGCUGCCCGCCCCGGCCCCCGAUGGCCUGGGCCCCAAGGUGAAGCUGGAGGAGAAGCAGCACCACCCGUGCCAGAAGUGUCCCCGGGUCUUCAACAACCGCUGGUACCUGGAGAAGCACAUGAACGUGACCCACAGCCGCAUGCAGAUCUGCGACAAGUGCGGCAAGCGCUUCCUGCUCGAGAGCGAGCUCCUGCUGCAUCAUCAGACCGACUGCGAGAGGAACAUCCAGUGCGUCACGUGCGGCAAAGCCUUUAAGAAGCUUUGGUCCCUCCACGAGCACAACAAGAUUGUCCAUGGCUACGCGGAGAAGAAGUUUUCCUGCGAGAUCUGUGAGAAGAAAUUCUAUACCAUGGCCCACGUGCGGAAGCACAUGGUUGCUCACACCAAGGACAUGCCCUUCACCUGCGAGACCUGCGGCAAGUCCUUCAAGAGGAGCAUGUCCCUCAAAGUCCAUUCCUUGCAGCAUUCUGGGGAGAAGCCUUUCAAAUGUGAGAACUGCAACGAGCGCUUCCAGUACAAAUACCAGCUGCGGUCCCACAUGAGCAUCCACAUUGGCCACAAGCAGUUCAUGUGCCAGUGGUGCGGGAAGGACUUCAACAUGAAGCAGUAUUUUGAUGAGCACAUGAAGACACACACGGGUGAGAAGCCGUACAUCUGUGAGAUCUGCGGCAAGAGCUUCACAAGUCGCCCCAACAUGAAGAGGCACCGGCGGACACACACGGGCGAGAAGCCCUACCCCUGCGACGUGUGUGGGCAGCGUUUCCGCUUCUCCAACAUGCUGAAAGCCCACAAAGAGAAGUGCUUUCGUGUCAGUCACCCGAUGACCUCGGACCCUCCCGAUGGCGGUGACCACCCCCCGGGCUUGACCCUGGCCCUGACUCCCCCGCCCCCCCGCCCUGCCCCCCCCCCCCCCGCUGCCCCAGACCCUGCCGCCCCCCCCUCACUUACCUCCCCCACCCCCGCUCUUCUCCACGGGGAAGGUCAAUGCCAGCCACAACUAGGGCGCCCGCUCCCCCGCUGGCCCUGCCGCUCCAUUCCGGACUCUCUCCUCACCUCUCGAGUGUGUCCGGCUGUGCCUCCAAAAGGACCCUGAGGACUGACUCUGGAAAGUGGAGCCCCCCGCGUGUCCUUCCCCCUUCUCCCUCCACGGCAGAGUGGAUGGGGCAAUUGAUGGGACUUCCAAGGACCCGGGCCAGAUUCUCCCUCUGCCCCUCACCCACGUGACUUUGGGCAGGCUGCCGGCCAUCUCGGAACCCCAGUUUCCUCGUCUGCCCCGGAGGAAGCCGGACUAGAUGUUGCCUACAAUCCCUUCCAGUUCUGAAGUCCUGUGCUCCCCUUCCCCUUCCAACCACUCAGCUCCAUUUUGCCUAGGGUCUCAGUGUGGUGGUAUUGGGUGGGCCCAGGGAGGCCCGGAGCGGGCCAGGAGCCGGUGCCACUUAGUCGGGGGGCUCCGCGUUGCUUUGGUGAAGAAAGGAGCAGAACGGUGCAGGGUCCGGGAAGCCUCAGUUUCUCCUUUUGUAAAAUGAGCGAGCAGCCUUGGAAGGGGGCAGGCAGGGCGGGUGGGGGAGGCAGGCGCCUUCUUCGAGCACAAACGGGUCAGUGGAAGCCAGUUUGCUAAGCCAGGCUCUGAGGGCCCCCUGUGAGGUAAAUGGGGAUCCAGGCGUGGUCCCUCACCCCCCAGGGGAGCCACGUGUGCCCCAUGGGGAAGGGGCCAGUGCAAAGAGGGGAGGCUGGCGAGGGUGGAAGUCACCUCCUGGUGUGUGCCCCGGGCAGGGGAUGAGGGUCUGUGUCUCCAUAUGUCCGAGGUGUGCCUGAGAGGGACCCCCGGGGUCCCUGUGGGGUCCAGGGUGACCGUACAGGGUGAGUGCACACAUACACAUCCGUACAGCCGAGUCUGCCCGUCCUUGUGUCUUCAGGAGUGUGUCUAAGAAGGAAAACGUGCAAAUGGGGGACCACUGUAUGUGUUUUGGUGUCUCUCUAUGUGUCGGGGGGGUAAAGACCUCAGGACAAGCACUAGAUUCACUUUGAUUGGGGAUGUGCUGAGCCCCGUCAGUUUUGCCAAAAUGCUGUUUCUCCCGCCUGCCCCCAUCCCUUCUCCUCCUGCCCGCCGGCCUGGGACCCACGAGUUGGGCUGGGAGGGAGCCCAGCUUACAGAAGGCCAGGACUAGGGGGUUUCAGGGCGGGGGGACAUGGAGUCGUAGCUGUUUAGUCACACUUUGGGAAAGGAAGUUGGGGCUGUGCCAGGGGUGUGCUCGGCCCUUCCCCUCACUCCCAGGGGCCAGUCCAGGGCGGCCGGGGCAGAGGGCCGGGCCGGACUGGGGCGGCCGGGGCAGAGGGCCGGACCGGGGCGGCUGGGGCAGAGGGCUGGUCCAGGGUGGCUGGGGCAGAGGGCCGGGCCGGACUGGGGCGGCCGGGGCAGAGGGCCGGUCCAGGGUGGCCAGGGCAGAGGGCCGGGCUUUUGUUGCUUCCAGCUGCCACCUUCCUCCAACAGCCUCUCUUGGUGGCUGCUAGGCCCUCCCCGGUGACUGAUAAGUGGGACCAUUCCUUUUCCCAUUGGGAAGAGCAGGUCCCGGUCGGUGGGAGCCAGUUCUGUGCUAGCCCUCGGCCUGGGGAGGGGGAGGCCUUCCGCGGGUGAGGGUGCAGAGAUGGGGAGGCUCCUCGGGACUUUCUGAGGCUUGGGGCACAGAACCAAGCUCUGCCUGAUCAGGGAUUGGGGGAAGAGGUGAGGAAAGGGCCCUUUUCGCAAACUAGAGAAAUCACAGCUUGCUGGGGAGGAGUUGGUUCUCAAAGUGCCUUACAGUUUAGAAGGAGGGGGGGAAUAAUGGCAUCUGCCAAGUCCUCUGUCCUCUGAGGAGCCUGAGGUCAGUCAACCAAAGAAGCCCCUCGAGGGGUCACUGGCCAUUCUCCAAAUGCAGCCCAGCCCCCAAGGUAGGACACUGCCAGGCCCAGGCCGGGGUUCAGGGAGGGAUUGGCCACUCCUUGCUUUGGCCCCGUGGGCGGCAACCCAGGAACCUGAGCCGCAGCCAUCUCUCUCCUCCCUCUGGGUGCACCCCCCUCCCCCCCGCACUGGAAGAGAUGACAUGGACCAAGGUUUGGCCAGUGAAAAGUCAGACUUCCUUCAGAGUAGGAGCAGGGAAAUAACAGGCCUUUAUUCCGGGUCUCCAGGUGCUACAAACACAUUAUUGGGGGGAAGCCACAGCUGAGAGGCAAGCGUGUUUGGGGCUGCCCCCACCUGCUGGGUAGGGUCUCUCCCGCCCCUCCAGCUGGCUCUCAGGACUGUGCCGGGGAGCGAGCUCAGGUGCCUCGGGGGGUGUCUGUGGGCAGUCUGCAAGGCAGGAGAGGGGGAGCUGUUGGGUGCUGGCUGGGGGGCAUCGGGGCGCUGGCUCCCAGCCCGCUGCUCUCCUCCAUCUAAAGGAAAUACAGGGUGUGUGUGCAGGAACGCGAGCGUAUCCAUUAGGGAAUAUGUGAGAGGAUGGAGGGUGAGUGGAAGCCUUGGACAUGACAGGAGUAACUGAAUCUGGUCCCCGCUCCUCUGUGCUGGGGCUAAGUGGGCAUUCGUGCCCAUCCGCCCCCUCCCCCAGCCUCGGGAAGGGGCUGAAGCCUGCCUCAGUUUCCCCGUCCCUUCCCUCCUCUCCGGCUGCUGUAGUGAGGCUCGGGCUGGCCCGGAGCCUCCUGCACAAACUGGGAUUCCUGCCUCAACUUAAGCAGAGGGGACCUCAGCAAGUACAUGUGAGGCAGUAGACCCAGUCGUGCAGUUAUUGCAACUAAGGUUGUUCCUAACCUUGUUCCUAAAUUGAGGCAGUUCCAUAAGCUAAUUCUUCCUCAUUAAGCUCCUUUACUUUUCAUUUUGUAACUUUUUUUUUAAGUAAUUUUUAAGAUUCUUUGCACCUUAAUUCCCCUCCCUCUAUUCUCUUCCUCCACUGAUACCAGGUCCUGGGAGACAGGACCUUCCCAUGGCCAUGUCACAAAUGGAGCAGGAAGAUUGAGGACUUGGAAGAAAAUGGACCCUCUUCUCCCCUCCCUCCCCUGCUGAAAACCCCCUGGAACCAGGGGACAGCCUUGCGGAGGACAGGGCUGAGAACGGGAGCCGAAGUGGUGCUGGGGCUCGAGUGGCGGUACUGUCCAAAUAGGCAACGUCCACCUGGGCAGACUUGCCCCAUGCUGGACCCUAAUGGCAGAGGCGGCCCCUCCACUUCCGGGAGCACGGGGAUCUAUGAACUGUGUGACUUGAGUGGUCAGAGGAGUUGCUAUACAUCAAGGAAAAACAAAAGCCAAAGUCAACCCUAGUAGUGUGGACCACGGCUGGCAGCCAGGGAGGUGGGAGGUGGGGACAGGGCCGCGGCCGGGGCUAUCCAGGAGCUAGAUGCGGAGCACUUACUAAGGCCAGAGUUGAGCUGUUGCAGCGGGUGGCCAUGGGCCCACUUGACUCCAUGCCAGGGGGAGGGCUGGUCAUGGGACCCUUAAGUGUGAUAAACAAUAUUAUUAAUAAUAAUUAAUAAACAAAGCACUUUAUUCUGUAUAGAUGUGGGGCAACCCAGGGGGGAGUGGAAUGUUUUAAGAAGACUCACCCUGGGAAAUGUUGGUAGCCAGUUUUCUGUUGAUUGAUGGGGGGAAAAUUCUUUUUUUAAAAGAAAAAUUGUGUAAUCAAUAUACGAUAACUCCCUCGUCCCCAGCUGCAUGCAUUUUUGGGGGGUGGGGAGUGGGGGAGUUAUGGGGAGUGGGGCAAGGGAAGAUCUGCUUAGAAGUAUUUGGGCCUGGGGGUGGUGGAAGGGGGAGCAGAGAUCACUGUUCAUGUCUGGGCUUUCCUCCACUGGACUCUUCCUGGAAAAUGAGGCACUUGCCAUGAGCAGUAGAUGAAGGAGUAGCUUUUAGCUCAAUAAUAACUGUCCUCCUCCUUACCCCCCAUCCCUAGGGGGUCCUAUGCUGCAGAAACAUGCGCACUUUGGGGACCCAUUGGGCAUAUGGGAAAGUAUUCUUUCAAACCCUCUUCCUUCCUGGGCUAUCUUCUAUGAAAGUAGUUUGGGUGAAGAAGACUUUGGAGGGAAUAGGGGGUGGAACGAUCAUUAGAUAAGUGGUUCUGGGUCCUGGGUUCCAAUAUCAGCUCUUCUACUUGGAGAACCUUGAUUGGAAGGAUCUUCAGGAUGCAAAAGGGAAAAGAUGCUCUCCCUGGUCCUGAGAGGAGGCUCUGAGCUGGCUGUGCUCAACAUGGUGGGAAGGAGAUUGGACUGUGAGAGGGGCUGGCUGCUCAGCAGCUGGCUCUCUGCUGCCCCUGCCCCUUCCCCUCUCAAGCAGGGACCCUCCCUGUGCCUCUUCUGCCACUUUUCCCUUUUCCCCCCCAAGUCCCAGAACUUUUGUGACUGAUCAAGGGGGAAUUCCUUCUUUUUAGCUACUCCAGAAAAAACAAAGUUAUCUAUGCUCUUUUUAUCCCAUUAUUUGGGAUAACAGGAUUUCCUGGGGAAUAGGCUCACACGGGGCUACAGGCUCUGGGUUCUCCACGACAAUAUAAUAGUACUUGCUUACCAUGUUUGGAUACUUCCAGGCCAGAAAUAACCUGAUAUGGUUGCUUGGUAAAUAUGUGGGAGUCCAGGAAAGUCCUAGAUUUUGUAUCAGAAGAUCAGAUUUGCUGCUAAACCAUAUUUGGGGAAUCACUUCCCCUCCCUUCUCCCAUCCCUUCUCUCCAAUGAGGGUGAUAGACCCUUUCUAGCUGUAAAUUUGUGGUCUUUAAUUAUCACUGGCCUACCCACUGCAGCAUUUUCUUGGGAAAUGGCUUCAAAGCAGACUUUUCUGGGCCCCAUGGAGACUUUCCACUCUCCUAGCUUCCUUGCUUUGGUCAUUUACUGGGGGUCGACUCCUACUCCUCCCAGUAUAUGGAGCCCAACUGGUCAGGAGUCGCUGGUCAGUGGCAGGGCUGGGCGAGAGAGGGGAAUGAAAUUCAGGCUCUCUUGCUGAGAUACUUUAUCCUGAAGCUAAUCCUCUGGGCAGUUCCACCAAGCCCUGCAUCCAGGACCUCCCCUUGCCUCAGAGAACGGCCUUGGUUUUCCCAACCUUAAAGGCAUUCCUUUUGGAAAGGGUAGGAGUUUGUCUUCCCUCUGCCUUAGUGCAGUUCCCCUGGGGGCUAUCUCAGGGCAGUGAGUUCCCUGACCCUCAAAGACUUAUAAUGUUCUAGACUGUGAUAGAGCAGGGAUCGCAGCUUUGACUAGAUAAGGUUUAGGUUAAUCCCUUUCAGGUCUCAAAAGUGUGAUUCUGUGGUUUCCCCCAUCCUGGGUACCAGGGCUAAUACUCUGAUGUCCAAAAAAGAAGCGCCAACGUGGGUUUGGGGUUUAGGGAGGGGGCCAUUCUGAAAGGCAGCAUGAGGGCUAAGAGACCAGGUCUUCUCAGGGUGUCUGAGCUGGCAGGGAAGCAGACUAAAGCCUAAGUUUAAAGACCUUGGCCGGGUCUUGGUGAUUACCUAGGUCCAGUAUCCUCAUUAUAAGGACAGGGAAACUGCCCCCAAAGUCACUCCAAUAUUCAGUGAGGUAGAAGACCUGGAAUUGGAACUUGCAAAUAUUAACUCAUUGGGUUUUCCAUCCUUAACAUAUAUAUACACAUACACAUAUCUGUAUAAUGUAUUUCCCAGUGCUGGAAUACAUUUCCAAAAAUUCCAGUGCCAGGAACCCACUGAGCAGUGGGCCUGAUCAUGAAAUGGAGGGAGUUGGAUUAUAUGGGAUUUAAUGUUAAGGACCUUUCCACCUUUAGAUCCUAUGAUCCUACACAAAAUCAAACAUUGAUUAAGCCUCUCUGGGUACUCUGGGUAGGGCUCAGUGCCGAGGGAGAUAAGAAGUUUAGAUAAGGUAGGGUCCCUGACCGCCAAAAGUUAUAGUUGUCAUAAGACCAAGCGAGGGGGAAGUGUCCCCACCGAUGCUCCCCACUAAGGGAGGGGGCAUUGGCUGAAAGGGGCUUCUCAUUUGCAGAGGCAGGUCCUCUCCUGGACACAGUUCAGAGAUCUCUGAGCCCCCUGUCAAGCCCCCCCAGUUGCUGCAGCUUGGGCAGAGUGCCUCAAAAAACAAUGCUAAGGAUGCCAGCCUGGAGGGGCUGACCUGGCAUUCUUGGAUGAGCACAUUCAUGUGCCAGGAAACUGAGCCACGGGCAAGUAGCUUUUCUUCCUCUUGCACGGCUCCCCUCGGACCCCGGACGCUCUUCCACCAUAUGGAAGAACGGCUGUCUCCGGUCCCAGGUCAGGCUUGGGAUGUCUGGGAGCUGGGAAGCCGGCGGAGAAUUGAUCCACCGUUUCCCAGGUUAAGAGCAGUGACAGAGCUCUGGAUUUGGAGCCAGAAAGCCUGGGUUAGGCCCAGCCCUAUGGGAAAGCCCUUUCUCUGUGGAUCUGGGUUUCCUCAUCUCAAAAGAUUCAGGGGGCUUAGUUUUGUGUGUCAUAGACCCCAGUGGCAAUCUGAUGAAGCCUAUGAAUCCCUUCCCGUAAUGGUGUUUUUAUAUGUAUAAAAUAAAAUGCAUAGGCUUACAAAGAAAACCAGUUCUAUUUAAAAAUCAUUAUCAAAGUAUUUAAAAAUAAAACAAGGUCACGGCCCCCUGGUUAAGAACCUCUGGGCUCCCAUGGUCUCUGAAUUGCUUUCCAGUUCUGGGCACUGACAGAAGUACAGGAAGAAGUUAUUCCGAGGGUGUUUGCAGCCUGGACCUUCUGGUGCCUCAUCUUUAGUUGCUUCCCCAUCCUAUGUUCCAGUUCCAGACUUAAGGCCGACCAUGGUGCCCUGGGUCUGGGGCACUUGGGAAAGGGUUGAGGCGGUCAGCAGAGGGUCUGGCAGAAGGGUACAGAAUUGAUGUUUUGAACCUUUGAUACUUCUAUUCUCUUCAUUCUGCCUUCCUAGCUAGAGCAAAGAAGUGGGAGCCUAAGUGUUCUUGGGACCCGGGGGUAGUUGUCAGCCCAAAUCUCCUCACCACCGACCCUCCUAGAAUCAGAAUUUCAGCGAUGGAAGACACCUCAGUCAUCGGAAGUCACUUUAUCCUACUUAUGCCCAACAAAGACUCUCCACUACCAACAUUUGUAAUCGCUCAUCAAAAAUAACGUUACAAUAUUUUAUAUGUUUAUAGAGCACUUUAAGGUUUUCGCCAUGCUUUCCUUACAACAACCCAGUGGGGGGAAGGGGGCUUCAUAAUAAUGCAAAUGUUAUUAUUCUCAUUUUCCUGAGACUCAGAAAUUAAAUGAUUUGCCUCAGGUACCUAAGUGUCACAAUUGGAAUAGUUCUCCAUGUUCUGUAGUCACUUCCUUCUUUCUCUCACUUCAUCAGAGGGACAGUGGAGAGAUUUUCUACAAGGUUUCAAGGUUGGAUCCUUGAAAAUGAGCUUUCUCUCUCUCUCUGUUUGAUCUCUUGUGUCUCUAAAUGUACACGUUAAGGUGGGGACUGGUUGGGUACAGGUGAUGAGUCCCUACUCUUUUAUCCAUCCCAAGAGUGGCAAGAGGGUGCAUUCGGGACCCAGGCUGGAGCUUUUCAUUCUCUGCACCCAUCAAUUCGAGUGGAUAAACAAAAAUUUGUGUGAAAAAGACCUGGAGAAGGGAGCUUAGCAGACUGCAAGCCUAGUACAGGCCGAUAAUGACCAGACAGCAAAAACAACAAAGCUAAUCUAAGGCCCCUUAGCCCAGAAUAUGGAGAAAGUCUUGUCCUCUGCCUUGUUUGGAACACACCUGAAAUCUUGUGUUCAACUCUAAAACCCAGUUUUGGGAAGGACAUUGAAAACUGGAAUAUAGCCAGAGGAAUGUAACCAGGAAGCAGAAGGGACUGGAAACCAUUGCCAUGUGAGGGCCAGUGAAAGAACUAGAAUAUUUAGCACAAAAAAAAACAGGGUCUGAGCAGGAAGGGAUAGAUGCUUUCAAGUAUUUUUAAGGGUUAUCAUGUGAAUGCUUGGCUGCAGAGGACAGCUCUGGGAUCAGUAAUGGGUGGAAGUUGUAAAGAGACAGAUUUCCAGAAGCAAAGACCUCCUGAUGUCACAAAAAGUAGAAUGGGAUGACAGGAAGAUAAUGGACUCUGUUGCUUGAGGGUCUCAAGGAGAGAUUCUACCAUCCUGAUUCUGGGUCUCCAUUCCUCUGCCCUUUCCCCACUCUUCCUCAUCCAUCUGUUUUGGUGCCCAGUGAGCACACACUUAAUGUAACCGUCCCUUGACAAUGUAGCUCAGUGAAUCAUGGACCAGACCCGGAUGGAGAAAUGUGACUGGCCCUCCGGGUCCUAGCCCCCUUACAGAGACCAGUGUCCACGGCAGACUGGGCAGAGUCCCUUGCAAAAAGACCCACAGAUGUGUGACUGAGGCAGAGGAAUGAAGAUGAAUAAAUUCUUUUGUAUGAAAUCCUG